CUUAACUGGCGAGUUUUUCAGAAUUGGUCCUGGUACUUAAAAUCACUUUUGGCUUCAUUUGCAAGGCGACCCAACUCGGCCUGGAAGAGCAUCCACCUCGACGGUUCCUCAUGAAAGACGGGGAGUGUAACUUCUUCUGCUUCUUCCGCUGCUGCUGAGCGGUGUUGGGCUAGUUUGUGGAGCAGUUUUUUUUCUGGGUGCUGUAGUCCCCCAGGUGGUUCCGACGGCCAGAGAGCCAGUCCCAGAGAGAGUGAGGGCGUCUCUGCCGGCGAAUGUCUGUGGACAUGAACAGCCAGGCCUCCGACAGCAAUGAGGAAGACCUCGGGGUCAACUCUGAGGAUGAUGACGGGGGUGACGACGACGACCAGGGGGACAUAGCCGACUACUAUGACGGCGUGGCCGGAGACAUGGAGCAGCAGGGGGCCGACUCGUUCGACCCAGAGGAGUACCAGUUCACCUGCCUCACCUACAGGGAGAGCCAGAAGGUGCUCUGCGACGAGGUCAACAGUAUCGCCGCCAUCCUGAAGGUUUUACCUGCUGUAGCCAAACUGGUCCUUGUGCACUUUCACUGGCAAGUGUCACAAAUACUGGACAGAUACAAGUCAAGCUCAUCUCAGUUGCUGUCUGAGGCCCAGGUCCAGCCCAGCAGCACCUGCAGAUCAGUUCCUACCCCUCAGUCCCUCCAGUGUGGGGUGUGUCUGCAGCUGGUUCGGAGGGACACCCUGCUCGCGCUGCCCUGUCAGCACUCCUUCUGCAAAGGAUGCUGGGAGCAGCAUUGCACUGUACUCGUCAAAGAUGGGAUGGGAGUGGGUAUCUCCUGUAUGGCUCAGGACUGUUCCCUCCAAAUGCCAGAAGACUUUGUGCUCCCACUGCUGCCUGGUGAGGAGCUGAAGGACAAAUAUAGACGCUACCUCUUCAGGGACUAUGUGGAGGUACGAGUCUCAGCCUUUCCUUCUGGUGGUCUGUCUGGCUGCUUGUCGGCACUGCCCUCUUUGUGUUUCUGUCCCUCUUUGUGUUUGUCUGUCCCUCUUUGUGUUUGUCUGUCCCUCUUUGUGUUUGUCUGUCCCUCUUUGUGUUUGUCUGUCCCUCUUUGUGUUUGUCUGUCCCUCUUUCUGUUUGUCUGUCCCUCUUUCUGUUUGUCUGUCCCUCUUUCUGUUUGUCUGUCCCUCUUUCUGUUUCUGUCCCUCUUUGUGUUUGUCUGUCCCUCUUUCUGUUUCUCUCUCCCUGCAGCUUUUGUUCUUGAACAGCAAAUGGUGAAAAAUUGCACUGUCAGCAUGCUGUUAAUAGAAGGAAACUAUCGGCCUCUUUAAUUUCCAUCUUUCAGCCAGUGUGCAUAUUUGUCAGGACCUGUCUAGCUAUUGAAGGUCUCUGUAGCUGUCGGUAAGGCGCUGUCUCUCGGCUGGUUUACAGUGGGUCUAACUACAUAUCUGUAGACAGUGAUAUGUCUGCAGUGACAUCAUGAGAAAUGAUAAAUGCAAAAAGUGUUUGCAUGACAUCAGCAGCCUGGAUGGUCCAAAUGGCAUACCUGCUCUAUUUUAAUAUCGAUCAACCCAUCUGUUACUUUUUUUUAGGAUUUGUCAGUCCAGCAAGCCAGGAAACCAAAAUGAGCUACGGAGCGGUAUUUUGGUUUGCUAGCUUAACAUUUUGACCGGAGCUGACUUUUGUUCAUUAAAGUGAACACAUUAAAAAUCAUUAUUUACAAGGCAAUGGGAGUUAAAAAUAGCCUGUUUACAUUUGUGAAUACGACAAUUAAAGCAGUGCAUUCUUUGAGAAAUGUAGAACUUCUAGAAGCUGUCAAAGGUGAACCUUUUUUUUCAAGUCUCUGUGUCAAGGAAACCGACAGGCGCAUCAGCGGUCUUCAGUCGGACUGAGUAUAAAUUAAGUUUAGUUCUGACCAAGGACACUUGACGCAUUUGAAUGGUUCACAGACAUGUCGAUAGACGGGACUAAACAAGCCUCCUCUCUCCAGAGCCACUUCCAGUUGCAGCUGUGUCCAGGGGCAGACUGCCCCAUCGUCAUCCAAGUGCAGGAGCCACGGGCCCGCAGAGUACAGUGCAUCCGCUGCAAUGAGGUCUUCUGUUUCAAAUGCCGGGCCAUGUACCACGCCCCAACAGACUGCCCGACUGUCCGAAGGUGGCUGACCAAAUGUGCAGACGAUUCCGAGACGGCCAACUACAUCAGUGCGCACACUAAAGAUUGUCCCAAGUGCAAUAUCUGCAUUGAGAAGAAUGGAGGCUGCAAUCACAUGCAAUGCUCCAAGUGCAAACACGACUUCUGCUGGAUGUGUCUGGGGGACUGGAAGACCCAUGGCAGUGAGUACUAUGAGUGCAGUCGCUAUAAGGAGAACCCAGACAUCGUCAACCAGAGCCAGCAGGCACAGGCCAGAGAGGCCCUCAAGAAAUAUCUCUUCUACUUUGAGAGGUGGGAGAACCACAAUAAGAGUCUCCAGCUGGAGGCUCAGACGUACCAGCGGAUCCAGGAGAAGAUCCAAGAGCGGGUGAUGAACAACCUGGGCACCUGGAUCGACUGGCAGUACAUGCAGAACGCUGCUAAGCUCCUGGCCAAGUGUCGCUACACUCUGCAGUAUACUUACCCCUACGCCUACUACAUGGAGUCUGGUCCGCGUAAAAAACUGUUUGAAUACCAGCAGGCCCAGUUGGAAGCGGAGAUUGAGAACCUGUCCUGGAAGGUGGAGCGAGCAGACAGCUACGAGAGCGGGAGCGAGGGGGAGCUGAACGCUAAUGACAGAGGGGAUCUGGAGAAUCAGAUGCACAUUGCUGAGCAGAGGAGACGCACGCUGCUGAAGGAUUUCCACGACACCUGAAGUCUCCAGACUACUGUAAAGCACCAGCAGCUCCUUCAUUUUGCAUCCUUUUGUCUACAGCUCCUCACACUCAUCCCUCCCUCAUUAAGCUCUCUGUCUGCUACAGGGUCCCAGAAUGGCACGACUCUAUCCCCCCUCCCAUUUAGAUGUCAAGAACGCCACAUUCAAACACACUACACAUGAAAUGAGAGCAUGCACGCACACACACAACGUGAACACAAACAUGCUUUAACACUCUGGCAAAAAAAAGAAACCUUAAUUCUCCCACCAUCCCUCUACCUGUUAUUUUUUUUUUCUUCUCACAUUGUUCACCUUCUGUAAAUUGAUAGUUCGUAAAAAAACAAAAAACAUUAAAAAUAAAUAAAUGCUGUAAUUUUCAA